UAGAUCUGGAAACAAACAAGUAUAUAGGUAUAUUUUGCUUUAUUUGAAGGUUGUCUAUUCGAUGUUCAAAUUUCUAUACCUCAGUAGAAAUCUAGGCUUAGUUUAUAAAGAGUUCAAAUUCAAGGCUUGUGUUUCGUAACUGACUCAAGUGACUGGGUACAGUUGGAAAUACCACGGCGUCAUUGUUCAUCUCGCCCCAUUGUAAGAAAGCUUGAGUAUACCUCCUAAGGAUGAUGUACACCUUUGUGUUAAUGGCCUCCAUGGCCGCAGUCAGCCUCGCUGCUCCAAACUAUGUCCAAUGGUUUGAUAUGGAACCUGCAAAGACCAUUUACAAACCUAAACCCCACCUGUUGGGCCGUGAACAGGCCAGAGUUGAAUUUGUAGAUUAUGUCACAGAAUUCAGCAACUUCAAACAGUCUUUCGGUAGGAUGUAUGGAACAGAAGAGGAGAAGUCACGAUACAAUACCUUUGUCAAGAAUCUUGAUGUUAUUCGUGAACACAACAAGAAAUUCCACAGGGGAGAGAAGUCCUUCUAUUUGGGUAUCAACAACUUUACUGACAUGGAACUUGAAGACUUUGUUAAGUACAAUGGACUCUUAAAAAGGAAGCCUGAAAAUGUAAAAACUUCUGACUGUGGAAAAUUCAUGGAGCCCCACUUCUUAACUUUGCCAGAAGAGGUUGACUGGAGGAAAGAAGGAUAUGUCACUGGGGUCAAAAACCAGGGGCAGUGUGGUUCCUGUUGGUCCUUCAGUAGUACUGGUGCUCUUGAAGGUCAGCAUUUCCGAAGCAGGAAAGAUUUGGUGUCCCUCAGUGAACAACAGCUUGUAGACUGCUCUGAUGACUAUGGCAAUAAUGGAUGUAAUGGUGGCCUCAUGGACCAGGCUUUUGACUAUAUCCGAGAUAUUGGUGGUCUAGAGUCAGAAGUAGAGUACCCAUACAAGGCUAAGGAUGAAAGGAAAUGCCACUUCAACAAGACUGAGGUAAAGGCCAAAUGCACUGGAUGUAUGGAUAUUGAAAGUGGAGAUGAGGAUCAACUAAAGAAGGCUGUUGCCUCCAUUGGUCCAAUUUCUGUUGCUAUUGAUGCCAGUCACCAGUCCUUCCAGCUUUAUAAAGGAGGUGUCUAUACAGAGGCGGAAUGCAGCAGUGACCAACUUGACCAUGGUGUACUGACAGUGGGAUAUGGGAGUGAAGAUGGCAAUGACUUCUGGAUUGUCAAGAACAGCUGGGAUGUUGUGUGGGGAGAUGAGGGCUACAUCAAGAUGGCAAGGAACCAGGACAACAUGUGUGGUAUAGCCACUCAGGCCAGCUACCCAUUAGUGUGAACACCCUGCUGAACUGAUUGAACAACUUCUAGGACCCUUUAGACCAAGAGAGCUGUUGAAAAGGAGAGGGGACAUAACUCUUACGAGAGUACUAAAAUCAGAAUAACUAAGUUUUAGAAAUCAUUAGAAGUCAAUGAUGAUAUUUGUUUAAGUGUUCUUAAUCUUUGAAAAUGUUAUAUUAAUAUCAAGCAUCUAAAAAUACAGAAUCCUAGUAAGUGGAGAUUAUAUGUAUCUGUUAUAACUCUUUGUGGGGUUUACAUGGGGAACUUCAGGAAAUAUGUAGCCAUUCCUUAUUAGGAAUGUCAAAAAGAACACCAUUAUAUCUUAGAGGCAACUGUAUUUAUACACUUGUGACCACUCUCCUCAAUAUCAGCAAUGUGUGACUAUAUUUGUGUCAUAAAUCAGCCUAUGAGAGGACGUGUAUGCAAGACAGUGUGAGUGUGGGGGAUGUUCUGUAUCAGAAUUUGAUGAUUCAGGAAUAUUUCAUAUGUUGUUGGAUCUGCAAUAUUAUAUUUUUUGUUUACAUUUAUUCUUUGAGAAGAAAACAAAUAUUGAUCUGGAUUAUUUGCAAAUUUUUAUUGUCAUGAUCUGAAAAUGUGUAUAGUAGUUGUGUGGUACUACAAUACAAAACACAUUCCACGGUCUUCCUUUUGUGUAUCAUAAUUUAUACCUGUGGUAAUUUAUUGUAGUUUCAAAAAUGAUCCUAUUUCGAUUCAGGUGUUGAGAACAUUAUCUGUUGUGUCAUUCAAUAAUCUAUGUUUAAUGUUUUAAUAGCUUUGUGAUACUUUGAUAUGUUUAUGACAAGAGUAGUAGUAGUCCCUUUGUGUGUGCAUAUCAUUGAGUGCCUUCAACAAGAAGGGGGACAACUCUGGUUCAUGUAAUUAACCACACUUGUUAAAUGAGUUUGGUACCAUCAAUAAAGCUGGUGUAAAAUAAGGAAACGUUUUGGAAUCUUGGCCUGUUUUGGUAUUCUAUAAUGCUUAUUAUAAUUAUAGUACUAAAUGUAUGAAUACAUGUUUUUACUUUGCAUAUAUAAUACAUGCAGUAAAAGUUCAAAACAAAACUUAUUUAAAUAUGAAUUAUUUAAUCAGUGUGGACAUUCCAACCAAUUUACCUUUCUGAAACUCAGAACAACUCCCGGUGGUCCAGCUGUAGAAAUGUUCAGUAUUUAUACUUGUAGAUGAAAUAAAAAAAUGACUUAACUUGUAUGAAUGGCUAGGCUAUAGCUGGGACCGGCCGGUGGGUCUUUGAUUGUGAACUUAUUUUUACAUGAAUAUGAUGGACAGUUAAAUGAUGUAAAAUUAAAUAAACUGUUUGUUUUUUUCUA